GAGUCUUCGGGUACGCGAGACUUGUGUCGGCGUGCAAAAAAAAAAAAAACAUGUCGACACACAAGAGAAAACGUGGAGGACAGGGUCCCGGUGGAAAAAAGGCAAAGAAAGUAAAAUUUGUAGCAGAAGCAGGUGAGCCACCCGGUGAACCCGAACAGGAGAAGGAAAAUGAAGUCACAAUCCCAGCACCGGUGUCGCAGGGCAAAUGGACCAACAAGGAAAGGGUUCUCAUUUUCUCCUCGAGGGGGAUCAACUUCAGAACGAGACACUUGAUGCAAGACCUGAGGACUUUGAUGCCUCAUUCAAAAGCAGAUACAAAAAUGGACAGAAAGGACAAGCUGUUUGUUGUAAAUGAGGUGUGUGAAAUCAAAAACUGCAACAAAUGCCUCUUCUUUGAGGCCAAGAAGAAGCAGGACCUCUAUAUGUGGAUUUCAAACAGCCCUCAUGGACCUUCUGCAAAAUUUCUGGUUCAGAACAUUCAUACACUGGCUGAACUCAAGAUGACAGGAAACUGCCUCAAAGGAUCCAGGCCGCUGCUGUCGUUUGAUCCUAAAUUUGACAAGGAGCCCCACUUUGCUUUACUGAAGGAGCUGUUCACCCAGACAUUUUCCACUCCACGCUACCACCCUAAGAGUCAGCCUUUUGUGGACCACGUCAUAACAUUCACCAUCGCAGACAACAGGAUAUGGUUCAGAAACUAUCAGAUCAUCGAGGAGGAUGCCUCUCUAGUAGAGAUUGGACCUCGCUUUGUUCUCAACCUCAUCAAGAUCUUUCAGGGGAGCUUCGGAGGGCCUACGCUCUUUGAGAACCCAGACUUCCAGUCUCCUAACAUGCACCGGCGAGAGAUGCGCCUAGCAGCGGCAGCCAGAGUGCAUGAAAAGCAGAUGGUGAAGGAGAUGCAGAAGAUGAAGAGGACUGAAGCAAAGGAGGAUUUAGCCAGAGAUGUGACCGCCGACGUCUUUGUAACACCGGCUGAGGAGAAGCCUCUUCACAUCCAGACAGAACCACCUGAGCCAAAAGUGGUGAAGAAGAACAAACACAAAGCUUUCAAAAGACAAAGGAUGCAGAUGGCACGCAGGUAACUGGAUGGACUGGAUCAAGCUGAGAGAAUGAUUCACUGCUACUAAGAAAGUGCAGUGAAAGGUUCAAUAUUCAGAGCUGUUUUGGUCAUGAUAAGACUUUGCCUGCAACACGUUGGCAUUUCAUUAUCAAAUAUUUGACAGUCAGAGAAAAUCCUUUACUGGCAAAUGUGUGUUGAGUGUCUUUUCCUAUAGUUUGUGGAUUCACACACUAUAUACUAAUGUUGCUGGCUCAGUCACAUGAAUAUUGUAACUGGUAAUCAAAGUCUCAGCUUUUAAAACAUCACAAACAAUAUUUUUCCUUUUUGAUAACUUGUUUAUUGAGUUUGAAUGUGACUAUAAUUGUUUUCUAUGUCCUGGAAAUAAAACAAUCCAACUUACAGUA